CCCUCUCCACCAUUUUAAAGAUUCUCCCUUUCCCAAUGCCCCCCGGCCCCUCCUAUUUUCCUAUAAAUUCCAUUCUACUUCUCACAAUUUCCUUCCAUUCACAACCCACUCUUUCUUUUCUUCCCUCUCUCCAUUCCCAUGGCUGAAGAGUUCCACGAAUCCGACAUCAUCUUUUCCGACCACCACCACCACCGCCGCCGCGUUAUCGACUACGGCGAAUUCCUCGCCGCCGCCCACCGGAAGAACUCCAAAAAGAACAACACCAACAAGAAGAAGAAGAAGAAAGAUUUCGCCGCUUCUUCUCUCCCCAUCCAAAUCCCGGAAUCCAUUUUCCGCUACACCUCCGACGCGGAGGAGCUGGAGGAUGAAUGGGACAGCGAAGACAUAGUUCCGCCGCACGUGCUAAUCGGGCGGCGCGUGGCCGGAAAAAUGGCCUUCUCCGUCUGCACGGGCAACGGAAGAACUCUUAAAGGAAGAGAUUUAAGCCAAGUUCGAAACUCAAUUCUCCGAAUGACGGGAUUCCUAGAAACUUGACCCCAAUUCCAAUAAUCCAAAUUAAUAUGAUUUCAUUGUAAAAAUCUCGACUUGUAAAACAAAAGGGAAGCCAUUUUUCUUCCUUUUUGUUUCUCUCUCUCUCUCUCUCAUUUUUUUUUUUUCGAAUUGAGAUUAGCCAUUAGGAUUCAAAUGUAAUAGUGGGGGGAAAACAAAAAAGAUUGUGAUUAUUUGAAUGUCGUAUUUUGUUUUAGAAUAAUUAAAGUAAAUCUGGCAGACGACAGAGGAGCCAUGAUUAAGGUUGAAGGAAGAGUUUUGUUUGUUUAAUGUUGUUUGUUUUGUCCAUAUUAAUUAACAUCGGGGUUGUGUAAUUUUU